GCCCAGAAUGGUUGAAUGACCCAACGUCCAAUCACAAUGCGUCACUUCCCCGGACCUUUUCCCCUGACCACCCUCUUCUCGCUCCAAAGUAGUCAGGGUGCCAGGCCAGCCCUGUGAGUGAGGCCAAAUCCGGUUUUGGCAUGGGGGUGGGAAUACGCCAUAGGUCCCCCAUCCACUAUCAAACGAGUGACAUGAUGGGCGUUCCAACGUCGUCAUAUUUUCCCAAAGAAAAACCAGCCCUCGUGAUGAAGCUUCACAUUCGAUAUGAAGUGCCCUUAUUAUUAUUACCCCAGCGGUGUUGCACCCAUUAUCCCCUUUCAUGUUGACUGACCAUCACCAGAAGUCCUCUCUCUGUUUGAUCGCCAAAUCACCACUAUACAGCUCACACCAUGCCAGCAAUGGAACGAACCAGAGAAGCCUUCCACUUCCUGACCUGCACCAACAAGAAGGUGCCAAAAGUGAGGAGCAAACUUCGGAAACCUGUCUCGAGGCAGAAACGCAAAGAUGAUUCGAGGAGGGUGGUAUCAGACACUCGCGGCAAGGGCAAGUCCUCAAAACACCGCAGCAUUGAAAUCACAGCAACACCCCCACAUCUGCCUCCCGUGACAGUCUCACCGGAAUUCAAAGGGCCAGAAUGGAUGGAAUACCCAUGGUCAUCUCUUCCGCGGCUACAACCGGGACCUGAGGAUCUCCCCGGGCCACUCCCACCCGCCGGAAUCAUUCCCGAGUUCUCCCACCUUGCCGUCAGCGAUGCAGACCGCAGUGGUUCCUUGUCCCCGGCGGCUCAAGUCUCACCAAAACGGCGCGCAAAAACACCCAUCUUAUUCGUCGGCCAGCUGGAAAGUGCAAACAUUCCCCGACCACGAAACGCCCUAGCAAACGAGAGGCAUUUCAGCGCCUCGCUACUCGCCGAAGAAUAUCGGGCCCUCCUCGAUUCCCCCAGCUCCUCUCUCUUGGCCCCCACCUGGUCAGACCCGACUCUUAUUGCCCGGGAGAGGCUGAGGAGGAAAAAAGCCAGCUCCUCACUACGAGAAGAGCAGUCACAACCAGCCAUUCCGCGUAGAGGUAGCAUAGCCCCUCUCAAUUAUCACACUGGGAACGUCAACAGCCAGAAGGUCCCCCCUCAAGUAUCCCUCUUUGCCCAUGUGCAACCACCACCACCACCGACUCUCAACAGUCAAAGAAUGCAACCAGAACCAUCCCUCCGAUCAGACGCCGACACCCUAGUCGCUAUCGACGAAGAAGUGGGCAUUGACCUCAAGCCAGAAUUUGCUCCUGCUCUUCCUCCUCGCCCCCCCUCAGUCUCACACUCGAUCUCCGACUACUCCCUCCCCCCGUCCACGUCCUCCUCGUCCACGUCCUCGUCUACUACACCCACGUCUGCGUCCACGCCCACCUUCACAUUUACGUCCCCGUCGACUACAUCCACGCCCACACCCAUGUCCACGUCCGCGUGCACGUCCAGGUCUACAUCCCGGUCCACGCCCGCGUCCAGAUCUACCUCUACGCCCACGUUUCCGGCCACAUCCACAUCCACAUCCACAAGCACGUCCAGGGCCUCGCCGACUCCCCCGCCCAUUGUCCAAAAGGACUUAUCCCUCCAAAUCUGCCUCGACCUCCUCACCAGGGACCUCUCAGCGCACUUGAUGCCAGGGUUAAGAUACAGACAGACCCGCAACUCGACCAAAGGGAUGGAAAAUGGACUGUCGACGGAAACGGCAGCGUUGCAGGCGUGGGUGAUGAUUGAGGGGUAUGAGAAGUUGAAGGAGGAGUUGUUGAUGCGGGAGCGGAAGCAGCAGCAGGAACAACAACAACAACAACAACAGUUGGGAGAAGAAAAAUGUGAGAAGGACUCGAAGAAAAAGGAUAUGAAGACGGUCAAGACCAUGUUGGAGACGUGGUUGAGUGCCUUGUAUAGGAUUUAUGAUGAGUUGAGUGUGGAGGCUUUUGAGGGGAUGAGGGGUGAGGAGAAUGGUGAGGAGAAUGGUGAGGGGAGUGAGGAGGGGAGUGAGAGUAGUUAUUCGGGGGAUUAUGGGGAUAGGGGGUAUGGGUCGGAGUAGAACACAUACCUAGGCAAAGAAAAGGCAGAGGAUGUCCUUGGGAAGUAAUGGUGCCUGUUGGAAUUAGGAAUAAUUUUGUUUUGGGGGAUUAGGUGAGUGGUCUGGAGGUUAUGGAUUGGAUAUGGAUAUGAAUUGGAUAUGACUAUACCCUGGAAAGACACAUAGGAUGCAAACGGCUGGGUUGGAAGAUUUGGAGUUUAGUCUAGCUUUCGAUUGAUUAGAUACUGUUCUACGUAUACAAGGUAGCAGAUAAUAGGUAGAUGGACAACCCAUUUGGUACCUC